AUGCGCUGCUUGGAGCUCACGGAACUCAAGACCAACGAGGCCAUUCUCACCGGAGAGUCCGAAGACGUCACCAAAACGGUCUCCGCAGUUGACCCCGAUAGCCCCUUCGCCUCCAACUUGUGCUUCGCCAGCACCAUCGUCACCAACGGCAGCGGCCGGUGUCUCGUUUACGCCACGGGGAUGGAAACUCAAGUGAAGCGAAAGGCGAACGUGCGGAAGCUGCCAGCUGUCGAGACACUCGGCUGCUGCUCCGUCAUUUGUUCCGACAAAACAGGGACUUUGACGGAGGGCAAAAUGACAGCAACAAGACUAGUUGUCUUUUCGCGAAAGGAGUCUGCAGCAGCAGCAGCAGCAGCAGCAGCAGCAGCAGCAGCAGCAGCAGCAGCAGCAGGAAGCAAAGAGGAGCUUGAAAAGGAGACAAAGGAAGCAGCACAAGACUCAAAUGAAAUUAAAAAAGAAAACAAAAAUGAAAAUAAAAAUGAAAAUAAAAAAGAAAAUAAAAACUCUUUUGUUUUUGCUGUUUACCCCACAAAAGGCUUCGACCCCCACGGCGGCUUUUUCGAACUGCAAAAACUUUCCGAAGAAAAAAAGGCAACUAUUGCGGCGCUGCAUGCACAAGGGGCCUACAGCUCAUUUGGGCGAGUGUUAAUGGACUACGGUGCUGCUGACGCUGCUGCUGCUGCUGCUGCAGCAGCAGCAGCAGCAGCAGCAGCGGGGGACGCUGCUGCUGCUGCUGCUGCGCAGGCAGACGCAGCUGCUGCAGCACAACUUCGAGGACUUCUUGCUGCUGCUUUUCUAAAUUCGCAUUCCACCAAAUUGACAAGAGAUCCAAAAACAAAACAAUGGACCACUUCGGGCAACAUGAGCGAAGGGGCGCUGGUGGUUGCUGCUGCGAAGGCGGGUUUUGACGGGAGUUUGUUGGAAAUGUACCCGCGAGAAGCAGCACUUGAAGUUCCAUUUAAUUCAAGUCGAAAACUUUCUGCUUCUGUGCACAAGUUGCAAACCCCCAACAGCUUCUGCAGCCUCAGCUUCGCCCGCAGCAGCAGCAGCAGCAGCAGCAGCAGCAGCAGCAGCAGCAAGUUCACCCACGUCGCCAUCGUCAAGGGCGCCCCCGACAAGGCAAGCCCGGCCCACGCUGGACAAGGGCUUAGGCUGUACCGGCACUUGGGCUACAUGUUGCGGAGCGGCGAGGGCUGCUGCAGCAUGGACUGGAGCAGCAAAAUGAGUCAAGACGAGGGUUUAGAGAUUAAGCAGCAAAAUGAUGAACUUUCUGCUGCUGCUCUGAGGGUUUUGGCUGUUGCUGCUAAACCCUUAACCCCCGCGCAGCUCCAAACCCUCAAGGAAGCGGAAGGCGCUGACGAGCGCCUUCAGCAGAUCCUCGAGGAGCCCCAACGCGGUUUGCUGCUGCUGGGGCUUGUGGGGUCUUUGGACCCCCCAAGAGCUGGAGUGCAGCAAGCUGUGCUGCAGUGCGGAGCAGCAGGAAUAGAAGUGAAGAUGAUAACGGGAGAUCAGCUGAAGACUGCAUGCGCAGUUGCUGCAGAGCUGGGCAUACUGCAGCAGCACCAGCAGCAGCAGCAGCAGCAGCAGCAGCAGCAGCAGCAGCAGCAGCAGCAGGGGGAGCAGCAGCAGCAGCAGCAGGAUGAUGCUGCCAUUUUGUGUGCAAGGCUGCACCAAGAUGAUGACCCUUCACUCCCCUUCAAGCCCAAUGAAGAACUCGACCCUCUCGUCGCCAAGUCAGCCUCUAGGGUUUAG